GGCCAGAAGGGGGUAGAGGGAGGGAAGAAAAUACCUUCCCUGAACUAGUACAAGCUAAGCUUCAAACGAUAUCCUAGGAAAGAAAUUAAAGACUUCUUAAUUAGUGCAGCAAUUAAGCUUUCUUGGUAGCAUUUUAAUCAGCACAGGCCCUAUCAAAGGACAAACAGAACGAUUUGCAGGUCUUUGAAUUUUAAACAGUCUUAUUGAUUUCAGCACAAUACAUCUUCACAACACACAGGGAGAAUUUUCUAAUAUCAGUUACAGUACUUUGAGUUUUGCUUAUGCAAAUUGAGUGAAGGUUGGGGAAGAUGAGAUGGAGGGAAAGGACCUGAAACAAGCGGAGAUGUAAAACAAUAAACAAGCAAGACAAAAGCUCUGAAAGCUAAAUAUGCAAUGGAGUGAGAAUUCAAAAUCUCUAAGUUGAUUUAUCUGCUGUUGUUAAAUAACUGUUUGCCUUAUUCAUUGGCAACAUUGCUCAAAAAGAAAGAAAGAAAAAGAAAAAGAAAAGGAAAGAAAAAAGAUAAAACCUUCAAAAUUGUCAAGGUUUUUAUUUCCUACAUAUUUUAAUUUGUGCUAUAUGUCUUUUCUAAUCCUAUUGUUUGAUCGAAGGGGACCUGAGGUCAGGGGAAGGAAGUCUCCAGAGCUCUCAUUCAGGUUGGGGCAAAUGUCUCUAAGCCCUGCUUCUGAGUGGAGCACGUGCUCGAAGGCAAAGGUUUCCCUACAGUAGAAAAUUUGGAGUUUGCUUCGAAGCAAGGUGGGAUUAUGGCUUGGACUGCUAUCAUUACUUCCUGUCUGUAGCUUCUGAAUGUGGCAGGUAUUGGGUGAGUGAUAGUUUAAGGAAAUGUAAAAAAUGAGAAUGGUAACGGCAGAUGCUUGACAUUUAAUUCCCAUUUUUCCAUUUGUGGGUCUAGAACUUAAUGAAACUAUAGUUUAGUCUUUUAAAACCAUAUCAAAAUUUAUUAAAGUUAGGCGUAGAAUUCCAAAAUAAAAUUAGCUUUUCAGGGCUUAAUACUUUCUUCCUCCCCUCCCCUCAUUAACAUAGUAAUUUGGCAUAUCUUAAAAAAGUAAUAUUUUCUAAAACAUGCAAAAACACUUAAGGAAGUGUUUUGAUAAAUGCGAUAUAUAUUGAAUUCCUACUUUUAACUGAUAACAUAUUUGAAGACUAAAACAUUAAUAAAAAAUAUUUCUGAAUGUAUUACAAUGCAUUGGUUAACCAGGCCAAACAACUGUGUAAACUUUAGUUGUCCUUGCGGAAGUUCAUGGACUUUUCUGCAACAAUCGAUUUUCUGAAUUCUUAUCUCCCAGGAAAGCCUCCUGAUUUAACUGCUAUGUCCCAAAAAGUUUAGUAAAAUCAUACACUAAUUAGUCCAUAGUGUCAUAUUUCUAUUUCUCGGUAGACAGUUCUUGCACUUUUUGACAUUACGAUUCACAGCGUUCAAAGGCUUAAAAUGAUAAAGAGAAAUGUGAUCAUUUCAACACCAGAAUGGUGAAAAUUGUAUUAUAAAAUUUCCCAACACUGUGAACCUACCACUAAUAGUUUAUUUUAAAAAUCUGCCAAAUGCUAAAGCAUUGCUUCAUAUCUUAUAAACUUAAUGAACAUGUGUAGACCGGUUCAAAGGCUAACUAACUGAAGAUACUUGGAGAUAUGAGUAGCAAAUAGAUUUGACCCAUUUUCAAAUCACAUGUUAGUCAAAAAAUCCUUGAAUAAAUAUCUCAAUGCAACAAGUUAGAAAAAAGAAGAAAAGGAAAGAGGAAGGAAAGGAGGAAGAGAGUCCAGUCUAAACUCAGCCUCAUGUUGUUUUAGGCACAGCUACUCGUCUUUACAAGUCAACUAGUGAGCUUUGUUUUUGUUCUUCUCAUUAUUUACAAAACAUAUAUUUACUGACAAAUUGAAAAGGACUUUCCAAAACUACAGCAGCACGUUUCAAACAUGAAAAAAAAAAAAAAAAAAAAAACUAUUGUGUUGUCCAAAAAACACAUUAGCAGCUGGCCUUGGGUCUUAAAGGACAUGAGGAUAGUUGGUUACUAUGUAAGACAGGUGAUUUAAUUACAGAGUUUUGGGUAAGAAAAGCCUUUUUCCACUUUCUAAAUCUUCAAGGAUGCCUUAUCUCCUUGGUAUCUCUAGGUUUAACAGGUAUUUCUGACUGGCUUUUGGGGCGACAGUGAAGUUAUUCUAAAUCAUCCACAUCAAGUCAAGCAUUUCUUUCCACAACCUAUUAGGAAAUAUGGAAUUGAAUACCGAGCUUUCCAUUAUUCUUAAGCGAUUUCGGACUGACUUUCUUCUCACCACUUGAAAACUGUCCUGGAAUUUUUCACUAUCUUUAUAUAAAUAAUUUAGUGGAGAAAUAAAACAAUCAUAUGCAAAAGAACGUUACGCUUUGCUUACAUGUGAAUUUUCCUCAAAAUAAUUUCUGAACAAUUAUGAAGUGGGGGCUGUGUUUUCAUUUCUAGCUCAUUGCCAAAACGCGUGGAGAUGGAUCCUAAAUCCUUGAAGGAGAGCUCGGAGCGCUCUGGCUCCUGUUUAAGUUGGCGGGCGAUUGUUAAGAAGCUUUGGAAAAAAUUACCAGUCGCCGCGAACGAAAUGGAAUGUGAGACAUGCAAUCUAACGGUAGUAGUAGAAGAGAAGUAGAUGAUCUCCCUCUCCUUUUCCGAUCGCCACUUCUGUGUCCCUGGCUUUUCCUCUCCGUCCCUCCCACAGUUUCUUUCCGUAUCCUCCCCCUCCCCUCCUCCUUUCCUCGCACGCUCCCUUUCCAGUGUCUCGCGCUCUCGGAGUCUCUGCUCCGAGUUCCUGGUUGGAUAAUUUGGGUUAAUACUAGUGAGUGAGGUUUUUGCGGCUUCAAAGGGUAUUUCAAGUUUCCGGAGCUCCUCCCCUCUGCACCGUGUGACAACAACAACUCGUCCAGCCGGCAGCCUGCACUUUUCAGCUCAUUUUCUCUCUGUCAUUCCCCUCUCAAUCUUUGAUCAAUGUACUUGCCAGGGAGAGCCCAAGUCCUUCAAACCUCCUCCUUUUCACCUUCAUCCUUAACUUUGUGCUAGACCGGGACCCACACAACAACAGCCGACCCUCCCCCCUUUCCCCCCCAAACCAGCCCUCGAUCCCAGCCCCCGGAGAGGACUCGCAUUUCGACUUGCGGGACACUUUUGUGCGUUUCUCUCCAGAGCGCCUCUCGUGCUCGCCCCUCCUGCGCUCUCUCUUUAUUACCUUCACCUCCUUUUCUCCCCCUUCUCUCCCUUUCUCCUUCUCGUUCUCUCCUGGAGUUGUUGUUGUUGCCCCCCUCGCUCCUUCUCCCCCCUUUUUUCCCCUUCCCCUCCCGGGGGUGUGUGGCAACUUUUCCCCUCGCUUCUCCUCCGUCUGUUUCCCCUUAUAUGUGACCAUGGCAGUGCCGGCGGCUUUGAUCCCUCCGACCCAGCUGGUCCCCCCUCAACCCCCAAUCUCCACGUCUGCUUCCUCCUCUGGCACCACCACCUCCACCUCCUCGGCGACUUCGUCUCCGGCUCCUUCCAUCGGACCCCCGGCGUCCUCUGGGCCAACUCUGUUCCGCCCGGAGCCCAUUGCUUCGGCGGCGGCGGCGGCCACAGUCACCUCCACCGGCGGCGGCGGCGGCGGCGGCGGCGGCGGCAGCGGAGGCGGCGGCGGCAGCGGUGGCAACGGAGGCGGCGGUGGCGGCGGCGGCGGUGGCAGCAACUGCAACCCCAGCCUGGCGGCCGCGAGCAACGGCAGCGGCGGCGGCGGCGGCAGCGGCAUCAGCGCUGGCGGCGGCGUCGCCUCCAGCACCCCCAUCAACGCGAACACCGGCAGCAGCAGCAGCAGCAGUAGCAGCAGCAGCAGCAGCAGCAGUAGUAGCAGCAGCAGCAGUAGCAGCAGCAGCUGCGGCCCCCUCCCCGGGAAACCCGUGUACUCAACCCCGUCCCCAGUGGAAAACACCCCCCAGAAUAAUGAGUGCAAAAUGGUGGAUCUGAGGGGGGCCAAAGUGGCUUCCUUCACGGUGGAGGGCUGCGAGCUGAUCUGCCUGCCCCAGGCUUUCGACCUGUUCCUGAAGCACUUGGUGGGGGGCUUGCACACAGUCUACACCAAGCUGAAGCGGCUGGAGAUCACGCCGGUGGUGUGCAAUGUGGAACAGGUUCGCAUCCUGAGGGGACUGGGCGCCAUCCAGCCAGGAGUGAACCGCUGCAAACUCAUCUCCAGGAAGGACUUCGAGACCCUCUAUAAUGACUGCACCAACGCAAGUUCUAGACCUGGAAGGCCUCCUAAGAGGACUCAAAGUGUCACCUCCCCAGAGAACUCUCACAUCAUGCCACAUUCUGUCCCUGGUCUCAUGUCUCCUGGGAUAAUUCCACCAACAGGUCUGACAGCAGCAGCUGCAGCAGCUGCUGCUGCUACCAAUGCAGCUAUUGCCGAAGCAAUGAAGGUGAAAAAAAUCAAAUUAGAAGCCAUGAGCAACUAUCAUGCCAGUAAUAACCAACAUGGAGCAGACUCUGAAAACGGGGAUAUGAAUUCAAGUGUUGGCAGCAGUGAUGGUUCCUGGGAUAAGGAAACACUGCCCUCUUCCCCAUCCCAGGGACCUCAGGCCUCUGUAACCCAGCCCCGCUUGCCUGGAGCACGUAGCCUUCCACUUAGUCAUCCUCUCAACCAUCUUCAGCAGAGCCACCUUCUGCCAAAUGGACUGGAACUUCCUUUUAUGAUGAUGCCCCACCCUCUAAUUCCUGUCAGCCUACCUCCAGCGUCUGUCACCAUGGCAAUGAGCCAGAUGAACCACCUCAGCACCAUUGCAAAUAUGGCGGCAGCAGCACAAGUUCAGAGUCCCCCAUCCAGAGUGGAGACAUCAGUUAUUAAGGAGCGUGUUCCCGAUAGCCCCUCGCCUGCCCCCUCUCUGGAGGAGGGGAGAAGGCCUGGCAGUCACCCAUCAUCACAUCGCAGCAGCAGUGUGUCCAGCUCCCCUGCAAGGACUGAGAGCUCUUCUGACAGAAUCCCGGUCCAUCAGAAUGGGUUGUCCAUGAACCAGAUGCUGAUGGGCUUAUCACCAAAUGUACUCCCUGGGCCCAAAGAGGGGGAUUUGGCUGGUCAUGACAUGGGACAUGAGUCAAAAAGGAUGCAUAUUGAAAAAGAUGAGACCCCGCUUUCUACACCAACCGCAAGAGACAGCCUUGACAAACUCUCUCUAACUGGGCAUGGACAACCACUGCCUCCGGGUUUUCCAUCUCCUUUUCUGUUUCCUGAUGGACUGUCUUCCAUCGAGACCCUUCUGACUAACAUACAGGGGCUCUUGAAAGUUGCCAUAGAUAAUGCCAGAGCUCAAGAGAAACAGGUCCAACUGGAAAAAACAGAGCUGAAGAUGGAUUUUUUAAGGGAAAGAGAACUAAGGGAAACACUUGAAAAGCAGUUGGCUAUGGAACAAAAGAAUAGAGCCAUAGUUCAAAAGAGGCUAAAGAAGGAGAAGAAGGCGAAGAGAAAAUUGCAGGAAGCACUUGAGUUUGAGACGAAACGGCGUGAACAAGCAGAACAGACGCUAAAACAGGCAGCUUCCACAGAUAGUCUCAGGGUCUUAAAUGACUCUCUGACCCCAGAGAUAGAAGCUGACCGCAGUGGCGGCAGAACAGAUGCUGAAAGGACAAUACAAGAUGGAAGACUGUAUUUGAAAACUACUGUCAUGUACUGAAUCUUUCCUGUUGAAGAAAUCCAUGUUAUAGAAAAGAACUUUGCAGUCAGACAUUCGUCAUGGGAAAGUUCAGAAAAAAUAAAGUCCUUUUAAGGGAACUUCCUGAAUUUUGUGUAUUAAGGUUCUUUAAAAGUUUAAGUAUUCUACAAAAAAAAAAAAAAAAAGUUUCCUCCAUUGAUUUUCACCUGUGGUUCAUACCAGAGACCUGAGAAUGUUUGUAAAUGUACAAGUAUCAAAGUUCUUACAGUUAAUUACUGCAACUUGCUGCUGGACAAUUGUAUACAGAGUUAAAGGCAGGUCUGAAUAAGACCUAGCUUUGUUUUUUUUUUUUUUUUUUUUUUCUCUAAUGGAAUGAACCAUUUUCCUCUUCUGAAAAUUCUGUAUCUGAGCACAUCAAAAGACUCUUGUAGCAGUGGUUACCCAGACUUACAGAAUUAUGUCCUCCGGAAACCAGCAAGAACACUUGGAAAGAACUUGUAGGGGGCAUAGAGGAUUCUUGAAAAAUAAAUACAAGAGUGAUAUUCUGUUACAUUCAAUUUCAAACUCUAAUUGUGGGUUUUCUCCUGAAGAAUUUUUUUUUCACAUACUUUCCAAAAGACCAACAAAUGGAUGUUGACAACAACCCAAUGAAAUAACAUUUUGCGUAUCUGAAAAGAAGCAUUGAAUAUAAGCCAAAAGGUUUCGCUGAAGGUCUUUUCUUAAAAAUAAAAAAAAUAUAUAAAUGUAACAUGUUUUCAUUCCAAACUGGUAGUGGUAGAUAGACUUAAAGAUAAUAAUGUUGCUUCUUAUUCAAACUGUUGGUCAUAUGUACAGUAUAUAAACAUAAAACACACAAGGAAGGUAUUAUGUAUGCAGUAGUAUACUAGAGUUUAGGAAAAUGAAAAUUUUAGAAAAUAUGUUUUGUCACCCUGUCGGUCAGAAAGACGGCUUUCUGGUUUUAACGCAUGCAGGCAUGUAAAUAUUUGUCUGGAGUCACAGUAUUAAUGAAUGAGAUCUUAAGCAUCUGGUGGCAUCAGAACUCUGUGUCAGCCACUUUUAUUUGUAUAUUGAACCCUAGCUAGUGCCCCAAGCUGCACUAUUGGGAAUGGAUUGUGGCUGAACAGCAAAUCAAAACACCAGAAAUAUUUUUAUAUGUUAAUGUCAUAUUAUGUUAAUGUUGCUGAAAACAAAAUCUAACAAACCUUGAUGUACCAGUCCAAUACCAUGUAGCGCUGAGUGAUACAGUUAAAAUGUGCUGUGCUUCCCACCCUUGUCAGAGGGAAGGGUGGCUGUGUGUUAUUUUCACUGUCUUUUUGAAAGUUACAGUAUGUGUUUUCACUUUUGUGCAGAUAACUGGAAGUAAAGCGGCAAACAGUGCUUAUCACAUGCUAAAGUUACCUUCUCUUUGUUUUUUGCAUAUCUGGUAUUACACCUUUAAAGACUGAUAUGAAUCAGUACAGUCACUAUACAUUUUAUGAUUUUUCUGUCAUCUUAUAAUUGUUUGAUCGUAACAUUAUUUAUUACCACAAAACAGCAAAAUCUUCAAUGUCUAAGAAAACUAGCUUAAAAUGUUUAAAUAUAGUUCUGAUUGGGUAUUAAUUACUUGAUUAAGAAAAAAUUAACAUUAUAGAUAUUCUAGCAUUACGCUUCUAUACCUUUUAGGUCUUCCUUGCAAUACUGGAACAUAAUUCUUUUGUGUAGCUCACUAUUAACCAGCUAAGUUCAUUUUUUUGAUACCAUAAAAAAGUUAUAUGUAUAGUUCCUAUUUUAGCUUGCUUACAAAGGGAGCAUUAUUUUUAUUUAAAGUGUUGUUAGUAAAUGCUUUGUAGAAAGUUGGUUUUCUAAGCAUAGUUCUUCCAUAACCACCUUUUGUUGUUUGAGCACAAGAGAUUAUUUUCCUAGUUCUAUGUAUUUUUUUCCCCUAUAUGCAGUCUUUAAAGGGUUACAACACUUAAAAUUGAAUGGACUUGUGUCAAGCUUUUGCAUCAUACAUUUUUUGAAAGAUUUUUUAAAAAGCCUACAACUUACAUAUGUAGUAGAAUCAGCCAUUGCUCUGCUCCUGGCAUAGAGUCACCUGUUACGUGGAUUAAAUAGUUUUAAAAUACAUACUUUGAAGACCUUUGAGAAUGCUUUAGUGUUUUAUUUGAAAUAAAAGGAAAUUUUAGCAAGGAUUAAAGAAAAAAGCUAUCAGCUGUAUGUUAAGAGAGACUCUUACUAACAUGUUGUAAAUAUUACAAUUCAUGAAAUGUUAUUGUAAGUCUGUAACUUAAUUUUUUCCCUAUUUUAGUUAUACAGGUUGGUUUGGAAAUUUGUGUUUUGGCAUAAACAAGUAAAAUGUGCCCAUUUUAUGGUUUCCAUGCUUUUGUAAUCCUAAAAAUAUUAAUGUCUAGUUGUUCUAUAUUAUAACCACAUUUGCGCUCUAUGCAAGCCCUUGGAACAGAACAUACUCAUCUUCAUGUAGGACCUAUGAAAAUUGUCUAUUUUUAUCUAUAUAUUUAAAGUUUUCUAAAAAUGAUAAAAGGUUAUUACGAAUUUUGUUGUACAAAAUCUGUACAAAAAUCUGUUUUUACAUCAUAAUGCAAGAAUUGGAAAUUUUUCUAUGGUAGCCUAGUUAUUUGAGCCUGGUUUCAAUGUGAGAACCACGUUUACUGUUAUUGUAUUUAAUUUUCUUUUUCUUUUCAACAAUCUCCUAAUAAAACUGUCUGAAAUCUCCCUGUGACUUUAUUUACAGUUUGCCUUUAUUAAAUUUUGUGAAAUGCAUAGCAUUGAAGGAAUAUUUACUUUCUAAUGGGAGGCAUCUAAAAACAACAUAAGUCAGCUCUUUGCAAUGCAAGGGGAACAAUGCUCAAUGAUUUUAUUUAACAUGCAACUGCUUCUAUCUCUAAUAUGAAUUACUGUGGUGAAAAACAUCAUAAAAGCACACUCUGUAGUUAUUGUUUAACAAGCAGAUUUUCCAUAUUUUGUUUCUUGCCAGCUAAGCAAACUGCCCACAUAUACAUGAUUUAUUUAUGUACAUUUCUCAGUUUAUGAAGCUGUUAUUUGUACCUUUUUUCUUUAUAUUCUUAUAUUCCCAGGAUUCUUAUUUCACAAAGCUUUGUGCUGAAUAAUGUAAAGUAGACACGUUGAUGGAACAAAAUAUAUUAUUCCCAUAUAUAUGAGUAGAGAUUUGUAACUCUAACUCAGUGUUUUGCUUUUGAUCUCUAUCAUUGGAAAAAAAUGCCUUUAGAAAGUUUGAAAUUACAAUAUCCUUUAAUAAUAUAUAAACAUUUUAAUCAAUCAAAAGUGCAGUGUUUGAGGAAAUCUCGGGUUGCUAUCUCUGUGAAUAUUCUAAACAUUCCCAAGAGAAUGGAAAAUGAAUUUUUUCUGUCUAAAGGUAUGAUUUUAAUGAAUUCUUGAAACAAUAUAUUAAAUUAUGAUUUUUUUCCUUAAUAAAACCGAAAAUGUUUAUGUGACCAUUAUAAACAUAUUUUUGUCUUCUGUCAUCAUAUGUUUAUGUCAGUAAGACGAGCACUAGAACAUCAUGCAGUCUCCAGAUGUUAGUGAAACUCAGUGAGAAUUUAGGUUUUGCCCCCACGUGUUUUCAUUGAGACUAGCAAAUUUAUAAUGUUCACAAACCUAUUUAUUACUAGAGGAGAGUAUCUUAUAAAUAUAAGUUAUAUGGAUUGCAUUUUUAAAAUAUGGGAAAUGCAGAUGUUAAUAGAAUCAAAAAGCUGUUGUAAAUUGCCUUGCAAAAAUAUCUUUUCCUUGUGUGCAGGCUUGGUGGUAACAUUUAUCUUUGCUAUAUGACUCGUAUGUAAAAGCCAAACUUAUCGUCAUUUAUUCAUUUAAGCAGAUUCAUGAAUAAAGCCUCCAUUCUACACAAAGCAUUGCACUAGACAUUGUAAUGACUGAAGUUGAAAGCUUAUAAUUUUGUUGGAAUAAGGAAUCUUACCUUCAGGAAAAUAAGAUUCACUGAGCAUUUUUUUUUUUUUUUGCUCUGUAGUGGAAAUAGAACUGAUAUUAAAAGGGUAUUGCCAUA